UCACCCUCCCCCAAAAAACGUCAAUUAAACACCGUCAAAUUCCCUCACUCAUUCCUUGUUUCUUUCACCCCCCCUCUCCAACAUCCCUCCUACUCUCACAUUCCCUCAUUCCUCUCAUUCUCUCAUUCUCUCUCUUCCUUUGAAACUUCCGCCAUUGAAGCAGUCAUGUCGGACCAUCCAGAGGAGCAUCACGAGUCAUUGAUGGAGAAGAUCUCUGAAAAGAUCCAUGGUCACCAUGAUUCGUCAUCGUCUUCCUCUGACGAUGAGGAUGAUAAGAAGAAGUCAUCGGUUGCUCCUUCUGCUGCUCAUGUUCCACCGCCUGAGGUUGUUCCUGAGGCGGAGGUGUCGGCGGCGGUUCCUGGUUCUCCUUCGGCUUCUUCGAAGAUCUAUCGCCUUUUUGGUCGCCAGCAGCCCGUUCACAAAGUCCUUGGUGGUGGAAAACCUGCUGAUGUUUUCCUAUGGAGGAACAAGAAGAUUUCUGCCACUGCACUUGGUGUAGCUACUGUUAUUUGGUUCAUCUUUGAGCUUCUUGAAUAUCACUUGCUGACCUUGCUCUGCCACAUUUUGAUCGUCAGUCUUACAGUCCUUUUCCUAUGGUCAAAAGCUUCCACAUUUCUCAACAAGUCUCCUCCAAGUAUACCCGAUGUUCACAUUCCUGAUGACGCUCUCAAGGAAUUUAUCUCAGUAGUGAGAUUUGAGAUCAACCGAGCUCUUCAUGUGCUACGGGACAUUGCCUCUGGGAAAGAGCUUAAGAAAUUCCUCGCUGUGGUAGCCGGCUUGUGGGUUUUGUCAGUUGUUGGAAGCUGCUUCAACUUCCUUACACUAGUUUACCUAUUGUUUGUUCUGUUGCACACCGUACCCGCACUCUACGAGAAGUAUGAGGACCACGUAGAUACCUUUGCCGAGAAGGCAACAAGGGAGAUCCAGAGGCAGUACGCCGUAGCCGACGAGAAGUUCUUGAGUAAGAUUCCAAGAGGGCCUUUGAAAGACAAGAAGGCUGCAUGAUGAUGAGAGAAUUUUAGAGCUAGCUAUGAAAAAGGUUCACUACUCUUGACAUUUGUGCUGCUGCUACUGCUGUUUUUUUGUGUAGAAGUUACUGAAACUGUUUGUUUUUUUCGACGUAAAUGAGUUCAUAUUUGAAAUGAACCCAGGUGCUUUGUAACAUAAGUUUAUAGUCCUGGAUUCUGUUUAAAUACCUAAAUAGUUUUUACUAGUUGAGUAUUUAUGUUCACUUGUUCAGUAGCUUUUCGAUAUUGUAGGAGAGGACAUAGUUGAACAAUAAAAUGUAUUUUUGCA